AUUCUGAUCAUCCAACAAAAGCAUUACCUCUUAAAUUGGCUCAGUUGGUACAGGCAGAAUUGGACGAAUAUGCAAGAAAUAAAAAACGUCAUUCACCUGCUAUGGCAAAUGAUCUUUUGAAAAUUGAAAAUGGUCAAAAAUUUACUUACAGUUAUGUUGGUCAGGAUGGUUCAUCCGCUACAAGAGAAGCUUUAUUAGAUGAAAGUGAUAAUAUUUGGGUCGAUGUACGACAUAAACAUAUGAAAGAUUGUAUCGACCAGCUUAUGACUGAUUUCAAUAAAUUUUUAGAUGAAAAUUCCACUAUUACUGACAAGGAUCCAACAGGAGAUCCUGAUGAAGUUAAGGCUUUACCACAAGGUCCUGUUUCUCUAAGAAGAAAGAUCAAACGGUAG